CUGAGGAGGUCAUUUACUUGGAUGGUCGUACUGUGCUCUAGACAGCUUAUUAAAAAGGAUUUACAAGCACAAGUGACUUGACUCUGCACGUCUGCCCAAGGUAUACCCCUGAAUCCUCUGCACGCCUGCACAAGGUAUACCCCUGAAUCCUCUGCACGCCUGCACAAGGUAUACCCCUGAAUCCUCUGCACGCCUGCACAAGGUAUACCCCUGAAUCCUCUGCACACCUGCACAAGGUAUACCCCUGAAUCCUCUGCACACCUGCACAAGGUAUACCCCUGAAUCCUCUGCAUGCCUGCACAAGGUAUACCCCUGAAUCCUCUGCACGCUUGCACAAGGUAUACCCCUGAAUCCUCUGCAUGCCUGCACAAGGUAUACCCUGAAUCCUCUGCACGCCUGCACAAGGUAUACCCCUGAAUCCUCUGCAUGCCUGCACAAGGUAUACCCUGAAUCCGCUGCACGCCUGCACAAGGUAUAUCCCUGAAUCCUCUGCACAUAUGCCCAAGGUAUACCACUAAUUCCUCUGCACGCCUGCCCAAGGUUUACCCCUGAAUCCUCCCCACGUCUGCCCAAGGAAUACCCCUGAAUCCUCUGCAUGAUUUGCACUGUAUGAAGUUAGAGUGAAGUUAGGAACAAAAGGCAAACAGACCUGUACUGAACUGCAACCACAUGCAUGAAAAGAUGGUCAUCUUUCUGUCAGGGCCAAGCACAUGGAUGGGUGGUUUUCUUUGUCUACUUCUUUGCUCCUUAGUGGAUGCGGAGCGAUGUCUGGAGGGAGCGAAUUGCCAGAGCAGCACCGCGGAGAGUGAGCAACAGAAGACGUGUGUGGGUGCGCGGUGCCCAGCUAAGCACAGUAGACUGUCACGCUCCUUCCAUCACACGGCCAGCAGCAGCACUAGUGCGCAGCACGGCAGAGCUCAACAGCAACCCUCGGGUUCCUUGAGGGAGGAACAUGUUACACAUGGUAUGACGGAUCCAUGGGGAGGAGUUCCGCACCCAGGCACUAACAGCAGCAGAGACUGCAAGGGCAUAGAGUGCCGACUCCCACUGCGGAUCCGUAUGAAAUCUCGGGGUCGAAUUCCUUGUACUGGGGAAGGCUGCGCCGCUGGGGAAGGGCAAAGGGAAACUCCUGGAUUAGUGCGUCUAAAUGACAGGGCAGCACAGUUUAUAGGCGAGGUGCCAGACUUUCCUACGUCAGAACUAGGCGGUGCCCCUCUGGGAGUGCAGCUCACCUGUGAUAUAAAACCAGGAGAAAAUGAAGUACCCUCAGAAGAUGCAUUAAUCCUGCAAUUGCAUCUUGCAAAAGGACAGGAAAAGUUUGUUGAAUCAUUGAAAAGCCAGCAAAAGACAAUCAGCGACUUACAGCAAAAACUUUCUGACCAGCAAGCCUUACUGGUCAACCAGCAGCGAGAAAUUAUAGAGCAACAAAGAAAAAUGUACGAACAGAUGGAUAUGAUUAAAGUCCAGUACAGCAUUCUGUUUGAUACAGUAAAGCAAAUGUCAUUCCAAAGUUUACAGGAAGAUAUACAAAAUUAUUUUGAAGCACAUCUUCAAGGAUUACAGAACCAGGUCAGGAAUAAUCUUCAGAAGACAUAUUCAGUGCAUAAAUUGGAUGUGGAUGCAAAAGUCAUUGAUGUUGAAGGAACUUCAAUGACAUGUGGUCCUUGUGAAAGUGAUGAAUAUUGUAAUUUUCAAAAGACUCCUCCUAAGUGUGAAAAGUGCACAUUAUGUCCUGCUGGAUUUUUUCAACUGUCUGACUGUACUGAAAAUGUUGACCGAAUUUGCCAGGACCGAGAUGAGUGCAUGGAUUCUCCAAGCAUAUGCGGUGAGAGGAUAAAGUGUCUUAAUACUCCAGGUGGCUUCAGGUGUCUUGGUGUUCCCGAAAAGGAUGCGGCCUUGGGACUGUGUGGGGAUCAGUACUUUUUUAAUAAAGAGCUUCAAGAAUGUCAAGCCUGCUCUGAAUGUGAAGAAGGGGUAGUGGUUUAUCCUUGUACGGCUGAUAGUGAUACCGUUUGCACAACAACUACUGAAAGCAAGUUCUCUGAAUCAUGCUCUGCUAGCAUUACUUUACCUUCUCCUAAAAUGGCAAAUGCUCAAGUAUUUCCUGGAUUAUACUUAAAAGUCAAUGAAAAGUCAGAAUGUGAGGUUUUUUCACCAGAUGAAAAUAAGUUAAUAAUCAAACAGCAUGGUCUUUUGUGGGUUGAUCUUAAUUUUGCUGUGAAACACAAUUGUAGGAAUUUUCUUCAGCUCUCAUUAAAACUAAACAACAGUGAAGAGGGUUAUGAGAUAAGUGGAUCACGCAUUGAGCAGCCAGAAGGAAAGUAUUUUCAGAGCACCAGUAUAAGCUGUGCUGCUGAAGUUGAGCCAAGCCAAACUUUAUCUGUGUUUCUAAAGAGCCCCAACCAAUAUUGCAAUCAAAGCAAAGACUUAAAUAUGUAUGAUCUGAAUACACCACUUAGUCUCUUCUGGUUGUCCCAUGAUACCGGAGCAGUUGCUAUGAGUGCUCAGAUGUCCACAGCAAUGCAUUACCAAACAAAUUAUCGACCAACAUUUAAAAUCAUCUCGGUGUCAGAUCCUUACAUGGUAAGCCUAUCCCAUGAUGGAAGAAGUAUAAAGUUCACUGAAUCCGGGGUUGUUAAAUUUGUAUUUCAGCAAGCCCUUUACUCUAUGGGUCCUACAUGCAUUCGUGAAGGGUUUUCCUUGGUUUCAUAUAUAAACAGAAAUGGGACAAAUUCUGAGCUAAUGCACAUUUUUAAGUCUGGUGUCAACUACAGAGAUACAUCAAUAUCUGCAUCUGGAGCUGCCAAAGUUAUUGGUGGAGAUAUUAUAAACUUUGAAAUACUUUCACCAUCACAGUGCAAUGUUCGUUAUUUUGGAGAAAACUCAGGAAUUAGUAUGCUAAGUCUCAUCUGGAUCCCUACAUCAAUUUCUACAGCUAUCAUAACCACAGUGUCCUCAGCAGGUUUACCUACAGGAGCAGUCAGAAACAAACUGUUACAUUUUAGAGAGUCUUCAUUAAAUGACAAAAUGAUACAGCUAGUCACCACUGGUCAGUUGGCGCACAAGUAUUUCAUGUUUGCCGAAAGAGGGGCAGUUAGUGUGUCACUUAAUCUAAAGUUAAUUCAUUCUUGCAAUGUUAUUAAGAUGACAUUGAAUAAACUAGAAAGUGACCAUGCUCAGCCAUCUGUAAUCACACAACAAAUUGGAGGUCAAAUGCCAGAAGGGAGCCUGUGGACAAGCGUAUCACUACGUUCUUCAUUUGAAGUUCAGAAUGGUACGAAGAUAUCAGUUUCACUUGACUGUGUACGCGGAAGAGUCAAUCAAAUUGCUCAUGAUCAAGGGACAAAUAUAUCUAUAAUGUGGGUUUCUACGUAGAUAUCUCAAAUAAAUUGUCUUUUUUUUUUAACAUAAUAAUAGAAUUCUACCAUGACUUACAUAGUCAUAGCUACAUGUAAAGCUGGAAAUUGUAAAUAUUGAAAAAUAAAUAUUGAACUUAUAA